GUUUGAGAGGCAUUUUCGUUUUCUGUUCUAGUUCUAGUUCAGUUUAAGAGUUCACCUCUUUAUUUCAAAUUUUCAGUAUUAUUUAUUUAUUAUAAUGAAUCAUGGCUUCGGGUUUUGCUUCAUUUUUUUCUCGUGAUAAAACUUUUAGGCCAACCAAGAAGAAUUUACAGGAAGGCACACUUAGAUUCAAUCUUCAUAGGAAAGCCAAUGCCUCAUUACACUCAGGCCUUGAUCUUAAACAGGUUGUUAAACUACCUCCGGAAGAAGAGUUGAAUGACUGGAUAGCUGUACAUGUUGUUGAUUUCUUCAACCGAAUAAAUGUUAUAUCUGGGGUGAUCGCAGAUUUUUGCACUGAACAAUCAUGUCCAACAAUGUCAGGCGGUCCCAAGUAUGAAUAUCAUUGGUGUGAUGGUAUAAAAUACAAGAAGCCUACACGCCUUUCUGCCCCACAGUACACUGAACAGCUGAUGGAGUGGGUAGAAAGUCAAAUAAACAAUGAAGAACUCUUCCCUGUUGAAACUGGUGUAUCAUUUCCAAAGAACUAUAUAUCAAGUGUCAAAAAGAUCAUGACACGUUUGUUUAGAGUCUUUGUACAUAUUUACAUACACCACUUUGAUAAGCUCAAAACCAUUGGAGCUGAACCACACGUCAAUACAUGUUACAAACAUUUUUAUUAUUUUGUCAACGAAUACAACCUGGUUGAUAAGAAGGAACUCGAACCUCUUAAAGAUCUCACGGCCAAUAUUUGUCAGUAAAAACUCUACCUUUACCAACUUUACUGUCGUCUAUGUAAAUAAAGAAUCAUGUGGAGGUUUUUUCCAUUAAAUUUUUUGUAUUAAUAUAAUAUUUUUCUUUGUAAGUUCAGUAAAAAUUUUACUAUCUACCUAAAGUAAAAUUCACUAUUGUACUUUUUUUUCAUUUGUUGAAUAGAACAUGUUUUUUUCACCGUCAUUAUCAGUUUAGAAAAUUUUAACAUAUUUUGGCUUGAUUUGUUGUAUCCAAUUUUUGCUAAUUAGUAAAUGCAUUAGUAUUACAAUUUAAUUUUUAGAUUUUUGUUAAAUUUUGUUGCUUUCAUGUGAACUUCUCACAGAUAAUGUUCUAGUUUUUCAAUUAUUCAGUAAUUCAUCCAUUCUUCCUACGGUAUACAUAAUUUUUCACAAGACCCACUACCAUUUGCUAGAUUUUUCACUUGUUCAAUUUUUACUGAUUUGUGUUUACUUAGCAAUACAACGAUACUCUGCCUUAUAUAAAAUGCUCACAUUUUUAA